UGGGCAUAGUACUCGCUAGCAUGGGGUUGAUGCUAGUUAUUGUGCUCGUAAAAUAUGUGACACGGAAGAAACAUCAAGAAAACAAAUCGGCUCAAUUUCACACCCAAGAGCUCCCAAUAACAUGGUCAGGCUUGUACCGCUUCUCGAAGGCCGAGAUCGAGCAAGCCAUGAACUUCUCAGACGAGAAAAAGUGGCUUGGCCGUGGAAGUGCUGGCGAGGUUUAUAAAGGGAUCCUACCUAGCGGACAAGCCGUUGCCAUCAAACAGAUAAGUAACCAAAAUAACGCUGAUUCGUUCACAAGGGAGGUCGAGGGUCUUUCGAGGAUUCGACAUCCGAACCUCGUGUGCCUCUUCGGUUGCUGCAUCGAAGACGGAGAACAGUACCUGGUUUAUGAGUAUUGCCCUGCUGGAAAUCUUGCUCACCAUCUAUUGCGUAAGUACCAUAUCCCCCAUAUAAUACAUACAACAUAUAGAUACAAGGAAAGAUCAAACGGAAACCAUAAAUAUUUUGAAAGCAUGAUAACCAACUUCUUUCCACGAGUUAUUCAUGAUAAAUAACCUUAAAAUAUUCAUUAAUUAUAUCGAUUCUCGUUAUUUAAUAUAUACAUCAUGAAUAGUUGGCUUCUAGGUUAACAGAAUAUUUAUGAUUCUUGAACCAGGCUUAUAGAUAUAGCCUAUAGAUACAAUAUAUAGAUACAAGGGAUCAUCUGUACUGAACUUGGGUAUCUACUUCUUACAGGAAAGGAUAGUGUGCUAAUCUGGGAAAGAAGAGUCAAGAUUUUGAGGGACUGUGCACUAGCCAUUAGAUUUCUCCACCAUUACAUAGAUGGAUGCAUUGUUCAUAGG